GUCACGUGUGGAGACCCGGAAGUAAAAAUAACACGCUGCUCUAUGAGAAGCUGCUCCGACGAGGUUCCGAUCAGUUUGGAUCAGUUUGGACACGUAUUGGUUCCUGGAUCAGUUCUGGUUAGAAAUUCUGUUUCUAGGUUCUGUGUGACGUCAUGUCGCUGGCCAGCGGAGUACCUGGACAGUUUGAUGACGCAGAGGAGGUCAGUGACCAAUCGGAGCUGUUGGCUGCAACACAUCAAAGCAGUGAUGUCACUCUACAGUCUUCAUCAGACCGACAACAGGAGGAAUAUGAUGAUGAAGACGAUGAUGAUGAUGAAGAUGAUGAGGAGGAGGAGGAGUGGGCGUGGUUUUCUGCAGGAGGAGAUCUCACCAAAAGAUACAACAGGACAGCUGUCAGCUUCCAGUCUAACAGACAGAAUCCGUCCAAUAAGACGCUGCGGUCGACACCGUCUGAUAAAGCUCUGAGGAAGUAUGAACACAAGAUCAACCUGGAUAAACUGAAUUUCGCCGACUCAGUGAUCAACAAAGUGACGACGAUGCAGAAACAGAAAGACGCCUCCACGUACCGAGUGAAGGACAAAGCCGACCGAGCCACCGUGGAACAGGUCCUAGAUCCUCGAACUCGAAUGAUUCUCUUCAAGAUGUUAAGUCGAGGAGUCAUCUGUGAAAUCAACGGCUGCAUCAGCACCGGGAAGGAGGCCAACGUGUACCACGCCAGCACCUCCUCCGGAGAGAGCAGAGCCAUCAAGAUCUACAAGACGUCCAUCCUGCUGUUCAAGGACAGGGACAAAUACGUCAGUGGAGAGUUCAGGUUCCGUCAUGGUUACUGUAAAGGAAAUCCCAGGAAGAUGGUGAGGACCUGGGCCGAGAAGGAGAUGAGGAACCUCAUCAGGCUGCAGACGGCAGGAAUCCCGAGUCCAGAACCAAAGCUGCUCAGAAGUCACGUUCUGCUGAUGAGCUUCAUUGGAAAAGACGACAUGCCGGCUCCUCUGUUGAAGAACGCGGCGCUGUCGGAGUCCAAGGCGUGCCAGCUGUACCUGCAGGUUCUCCAGAACAUGAGGAAGAUGUUCCAGGAGGCCCGCCUGGUCCACGCCGACCUCAGCGAGUUCAACAUGCUGUAUCACGACGGAGACGCCUACAUCAUCGACGUGUCCCAGUCGGUGGAGCACGACCACCCGCACGCCCUGGAGUUCCUCCGCAAGGACUGCAGCAACGUCAGCGACUUCUUCAUGAAGCGUGGCGUCGCGGUGAUGACGGUCAGGGAGCUGUUUGACUUCAUCACCGACCCGUCCAUCACCUGCCACAACAUGGACCAGUACCUGGAGAAGGCCAUGGCGAUCGCGGCGGAGCGGGCGCCGGGCCAGCGGACGCAUCAGGACGGAGUGGACGAGGAGGUGUUUAUGAAGGCCUACAUCCCCCGCACGCUGACGGAGGUGAGUCACUACGAGCGAGACGUUGACCUGAUGAGGAUGAAGGAGGAGGAGGCGGCCAUCUUUGGACACGCCGACAACGUUCUGUACCAGACGCUCACCGGACUGAGGAAGGAUCUGACUGGAGUUCAAACGGUUCCUGCUCUGCUGGAGAACGACCUAUCUUCAUCCUCGGAGGAGGAGGAGGAGGAGGAGGAGGAGGAAGAGGAGGAGGAGAAGAGUGAGGAAGCCCAGAUGGACAAAAAGGAGAAGAAGAAGAUGGUGAAAGAAGCUCAGAGAGAGAAGAGAACCACCAAAGUACCAAAACACGUGAAGAGGAGGAAAGAGAAGGUGUCCAAGAUUAAGAAGGGCAAAUGAAGGCUUCUAGUGUGUCUGUGUGGAUGCCCUGACCUCUGACCUCCCUGACCUCUGACCUCUGACCCGUCAGCUGCACAACAAACAGCAUCACUUUAAAUGUUUGCAGUGAAACUUUUAAUAAAAUGUUUUUAUCAUCA